AUGGAGACAGUGACUUUUGGAGGCGACAAUCCUCAACCACGUUUUGGUCACACUAUUUGUGUGAUAGCCCCUAACAAAAUUGCUCUUUUUGGAGGUGCUGUUGGGGAUACUGGAAAAUAUAUUAUAACAGGAGAUGUUUAUAUAGGGGAUGUUAUUUAGAGAAAAUGGAAGAGAAUAGAAGCAAGUGGAAGUGUUCCAACGAAUAGAGCAGCACAUUAGGCAUUGGCCAUUGAAUUGAAUUAAAUGAUCAUAUUUGGAGGAGCAGUGGGAGGAGGAGGUUUGGCAGAUGAUAAUUUAUUUGUUUUUGAAUUACGCGAUGAUACAGGUACAUGGGUUACAGUACCAGUGAUUGGUACUACUCCUGGUAGAAGGUAUGGCCAUACUAUGGUACUCAUAAAACCAUAUUUAAUUGUCUUUGGAGGAAAUACAGGAUAAGAACCUGUGAAUGAUGUUUGGGAGUUUCAAUUAUGGAGAAAUCUCCAUAUUCAUGGUCCUAAAUUGGAAUGCUCAUCAGAAUUACCUUGUGUUAGAGUCUAUCAUUCAGCUGCUCUCUGUAAUACAGGAUCAGCAAGUGGAAUGAUGGUGGCAUUUGGAGGUAGAACAAGUGAUUAGAGUGCUUUGAAUGAUACUUGGGGAUUGAGAAGACACAGAGAUGGAAGAUGGGAUUGGGUAAGAGCUCCUUAUAAAAAUUAAAAUGAAAUACCUGCUCAAAGAUAUUAGCAUUCAACUUUAUUCUUUGGGAACAUUGAUGUUGUGGGUGAAACUCUACCUUUUGAAAUUUAUGAUACCGAAAGCUCUGAGUGGUAUAAAUUUCAAUCAAUCCAGAGAUUCAGACAUUCAUCAUGGUUAGUUGAUUAAUUUCUAUAUCUCCAUGGUGGUUUUGAUUCAGAUCAACCCAAUAUUCCUACUGAAGGUAUCUUGAGAUUAGAUCUUAACAAACGAUUUGCAUAAACUCCAUAAUUGUUGAGGUAAUUGAAUACUGUAAGAAAUGAUAAUACUUUCAUGUAAUCAUUCAAUCCUCGUGCUACUCCAAAUUUAAGCAAUAAUAGUACUCAAGAGUAAUUUAGAAAAACAAAUUAAUAGACUCAGUAGAAAAACUAAUAAAGUUAAUAGUAGGGUCGUGUUUCAUCUGCGAAUAACAAAAAUGUUAGAUUAGCUAAUUAAGCUUUGGUGGCCAUGGUUUAUGGUUCUGAAGAAGACAUAAUUAAUUAAGUUAAGAAGGUGCCUAUUGAUAAGUUGUAGGAUGAACACAAGAAAUUAGGUGCUGGUUUUUAAGAUCCCAAUUCCUAAAAUAAAUCUUAACUUGUUGAAUAAAUGCUUGCUCCGUUUUUAUAAAAUUUACUAUUGCCUAAAGAUUACCAAUCUAUCCCUCCAAAUUCAAAUCUUAUGACUGGGAUUAAAAAAGAUUUCAUUAUCAAGUUGUGUGAUGAAGUUUAGAGAAUUCUUGAAAAGGAGCCGAUUGUCUUAAGACUAAGAAGGCCAAUCAAAAUAUAUGGAAAUUUGAAUGGUUAGUAUUUAGAUCUCAUGAGAUUCUUUGAUCAUUUCAAAGCUCCAUAUGAUAAUCUUUACAAUGGAGACAUUGAUUCUUAAGAUUAUUUGUUUUUGGGAGACUACGUUGACAGAGGCACAAGAUCUCUUGAGAUAAUUCUACUCUUAUUCACACUCAAGGUAAAAUAUGGAGAUUAGAUUCACUUAUUAAGGGGGCAUCAUGAGGAUCCCAAAAUUAAUAAGAUCUUUGGAUUUGCUGAUGAAUGCUUUUUAAAAUAUGCAGAAGAUAUCAAUGAUCCUAAUAGUAUCUAUCAAAGGGUGAACAGAGUAUUUUAAUACAUGCCAUUAGCUGCAGUAAUAGAGGAUAAAAUAUUUUGUGUUCAUGGGGGUAUUGGAUAAACAAUACGUACAAUCGAUGAAAUUGAACUCAUUCAAAAACCUCUCUAGAUUGUCCAUGAUCCUGUUACAUAUCAACAGAAGAUUGCUUUGGAAUUAUUAUGGUCUGAUCCCUGUUUAAAUGAAGAAGAAUUGGAAAAUUUACCGAAUGUUGAACGAGAUCUAUUUUAAAAUAAAUCUAUAAUUAGAUUUGGAAAUAAUAGAAUCGCCAAAUUUCUUUAGGAAAACAAUUUGAAUAUGAUAAUUAGAUCUCAUGAACCUACGAAUGAAGGAUUUGAAAGAUUAAAUAAUAGUGUCAUCACUAUAUUUUCUUGUAGUGAUUAUGGAAAAUGUGGGAAUAAAGGAGCCAUACUUUCUAUAACUAAGCGAGGAGACAUAAUUCCAAAGGUUAUUCCGACAGCAAAUCUUAUCAAUGAGGCUAGAUGGCUGAAUUUAGAAGAUGCUGCUUAAAGGACUCAAGGAUUUGUCAAAUCAGUGGAUAUCAAUAAUGAUGAAUUACAAUAUAGAAGGAGACCUUUUACUCCAUCGAGAUAGAAAAGAAUUGGAUCACAAAAAUAAUUCAAAUGAUAUUAUUCAAGUUAUUAGAUUAAGAAUCUUCUAUUUAUUAU